AUGAUCCAGCCGCGAACGGGCGAACGCGUCAAGAGAGCCUUCACCCUGCGUAGAUCUCGACACCGCCGGACCCGCUCUACAGAGAUCCUGCUUGCGCCUGGCCAGUUCGAGACGGAGAGAUACCGAGAAAUGGGAAGAGCAGAACGCUUGCGCGAGGCAUUCAAGCGCAGGCUGCGAGAAGCUCAUGCAUAUGCGACAAGUCCUGCCGGGGUGGGAAUACUGAAAUGCUCGAUUGCCUAUGUACUCGGAUCGCUGGCUACGCUGGUGCCCGCGAUAGCUGCGCUGCUGGGCAGAAACGACGGCAAGCACAUCGUCGCAACCAUCACCGUCUACUUUCACCCGGCGCGCUCAGCUGGCAGCAUGCUCGAGGCUGUCAUGCUUGCCUUUGCCGCCUUCCUCUACGCCACCUUCGUUUCAUUCUCCAGUAUGGCUGUCUCCGUAUACUUUGGGAAUAACCAUCUUUUGGUCGUCGGCCAUGUCAUAGUGCUCAUUGUCUUCUGUGGAGGGGGCCUUGGCCUUGUUGGUUGGACCAAGCACAAGUUAGGCAACCCGCUGGUGAACGUGGCAUGCUCCCUGACUUCCCUUGCUCUCAUCACCAUCUUGACCAAAGAAGGGGCUGUCCAAGCAGCCAAGUUUUCAUACGCCAAGGUUUGGCAGGUCCUGAAGAUGAUCAUCAUGGGCUGCACUGCAUCAACGGCUGUAUCGCUUCUCGUCCACCCCAGCUCGGCACGCAAGGAGUUUCGCGACACGUUUAUUCAGUCCACCGAUUCCAUGGCAGAGAUGCUGAAUGGGAUUGCUCUCAGCUUUCUCUCCGGGUCCGAACAAGACCUCAAGAGCGACUCGUUUGUCAAAGCCUCGGAGCGAAGCCAAAAAUCAUUCAAACUGCUGGCCAAGAACCUUGGAGAAGCCAAGUUUGAGCACUACGUACUGGGCACCGAAGCAGAGUUCAAGAUCCACUCCAGAUUGGUCAAAUGCGUCGAGAAGCUAAUGCAGAGCCUGGGUGGAUUGCGAAGUGCUGCUGAGACGCAGUUCACAUUGAUUGCGCAGUCGGGGCCCCAUGGGAUACCUUUUGGUCCCACACCUACUAAUGGGUCGCUUACUUCCUCGACCUACACAGACCAUGCCAUGUCACAAAGUCCCCCUUCCAUGAUGUCUCCUGGUCCAAGGCAUACAAACAUGCGAAGUAGUAUUCUCGCCUCUAUCGACGAAGUGCCAGAAAGCUCUGCUGAAGGCUCUGCAUUCGCCUCGGCUGCUGAAUCAGACGACGAGACUACUCCAACGAGAAGAAAGUCGACCAACUCCCUCAGUCUCUCGCAAUCAAACUUUACGUCUGCUGAUAUAUUCUCCGUCUUCAUAGCCCAAUUGGGACCGCCAAUGAAAUCGCUUGCAUACACCCUGCAGGAGGUACUUUCCGAAUUGCCGUUUGGUCCAGGCCCCGAGUACAACAUAGCCAUCAACGAGCACUUUCGCCAUAGCCUGAUCGAUGCGAAGGCGCUGUUCUCGAAUGCACGCCGAGAAGCCCUCUCAGGCAUCUAUGAGAACAAGAUACCAACAAGACUAAGCUCGGCAGCGGUUGCAGCUGAUUUUGAAGAGGUUGCUGCAAGCUGCGGGUAUUUCAGUUCAUCGUUGAUUGAUUUUGCCGAAGACAUGGUAGGGUUCCUCGAUCUUCUUGAGGAGCUCAAGGCCAAUGUCAACCGCUAUCCGCGGCAGAGAACGUACAACUGGCUCAAGUUCUGGCAAAGAUGGCACAAGAAGGGCCGGGCUGGUGACGAAUUUGAAGCGGCUGGUCUUAUUCCAGAUGACGAGGACCAUAUCCCCGAGGGCCCGCGUGAAAUUCACAAUCCCAUUUAUCGCAAGUCAACUCGUGGAGACCCGUACAAGUCAGAGAACGAACAGCCAUUGUCUUACCGAAUAUGGACAUCGCUAGCAGCAUUCAGAAGAGACGAUCUCAAAUACGCGGUAAAGGUUGGUAUUGGAGCUGUGCUUUACGCAAUGUGGGCAUUCAUCCAACCGACAAGAGCCUUUUACAGUCGAUGGCGUGGCGAGUGGGGUCUGUUGUCAUACAUGUUGGUUUGUUCCAUGACAAUCGGAGCCUCCAAUACCACGGGCUAUCAGCGUUUUGCGGGUACCUGCCUGGGUGCCGUGCUGGCUGUUGCUGCAUGGAUUGCGGCUGACGAGAACCCUUUUCUUCUUGGCUUUUUCGGUUGGGUCAUCUCCCUUUUUUGUUUCUACAUCAUUGUCGGCAAAGGCAAGGGUCCCAUGGGCCGUUUCAUCUUGCUAACGUACAAUCUUUCCGCGCUCUAUGCCUACUCGCUUUCCACCAAGGUCGAUGAUGAUGACGAUGACGAAGGUGGAAUCUCGCCUGAGAUAUGGGAGAUUGUAACACACCGAGUGGUCGCGGUCAUGGUUGGUUGCGUUUGGGGUAUCAUUGUAACGAGGCUUAUCUGGCCCAUCUCGGCACGCCGCAAAGUCAAAAAAGGCACAUCUUUGUUGUGGCUGAAAAUGGGCCUGAUCUGGAAACGAGGGCCCCUCAAGACCCUCCUCGAAUCCAAUGCGAAUGCAUCUCCGGUACACUCGUUCAUGUCUGAGCGCGAAGAGCUUGAGCUGCGCAGGUACCUUUCUCACCUGGAUGCGUUGCGCACAGCCGCAACUGCAGAAUUCGAGCUUCGGGGCCCUUUUCCUAACAAGAGUUUCCAAAUCAUCCUCGGUGCAACAAGCCGACUAUUGGAUAGUUUCCACGCAAUGAACGUUGUCAUACUGAGAGACCUGAAAGCAUCAGAGGGCGAGAAGGAGGCCUUGAGGUAUACUCAGAGAGAGUGGACAGAGUUGAGUUGGCGUAUCAGUCACUUGUUCUCAGUCAUGGCAUCCUCCAUGAAGCUAGCAUACCCGCUCAAUGACGUUCUACCUAACAUUGAACAUACGCGUGACCGUUUGCUUGCCAAGGUCUUUGAGUUUCGGCAGCAGGACCUGGGCCAAGUCAUCGCCACGGACGAAGAUUUCGAGUUGCUAUAUGCCUAUGCGCUGGUGACUGGACAGCUCGCACACGACUUGACUGUUAUCGGACAGGAAAUUGAAAAGCUCUACGGUGUUUUGAGCGAGGAGGACUUGAAGCUACAGUAA